AUGGACUCUUUUGCUUCUGUGACAGUGACUGAGGCUUCUGCUAUGACUGCGAUGCCCAGCGCUUCAGGCACAAUGGCUCUGGGUGCCACGGGAAUGCCCAACAUGCCUUCGAAUGCGUCAACUUCAGCGUCCAUGUCUGGCAUGGAGGGUAUGGACAUGAGCUGUCGGAUCUCGAUGCUUUGGAAUUGGUUCACCAUCGAUGCAUGCUUUCUCUCCAGCACAUGGCAUAUUCGUUCCCGUGGCGCAUUUGCCGGCUCAUGCAUUGGCGUCAUUUGUCUCGUCCUCAGCCUGGAAUUCCUGCGUCGCGUGGGCCGCGAGUAUGAUGCUUUCAUCCUUCGACGAGCCCGCCAGCGCCAGAUGAGCAUAAAAGGCCCCUUUGAGGGAAGUCGUUCUGCGAGCAAUGUCAAAGAUGGGCUGCGACUGAGUGAAAGUCACCCAGAGUGCUCAUGCAAUUGUCCACCCUCCUCUUCUGCUGGCCCCGAUGGCUUGGUCACCAUGACUCCAAGCGUUGAAUCCUCGACCACAAAGCUUACAGCUCCUGGUGCCAUCACCGCCAUCACCUCUGGGGGCUUGCACUCGGUCAAGGGUGGUGAGCUGACCUCUCGUGAGAAUCUGGAGACUUUGCCGCCCUAUCGCCCUUCCCUGGUGGAACAGGUGAUCCGGGCUCUGUUACACAUGGUUCAGUUUGCGGUGGCAUACAUCAUCAUGCUGCUGGCCAUGUACUUUAAUGGCUACAUUAUUAUUUGCAUCUUCAUUGGAGCUUUCCUCGGCUCUCUCAUCUUUUCGUGGGAGCCACUGUCCCUGUCACACGAAAACGACGCUACCCAAGUGACCAAGUGCUGUGGCUAA